CCCCCACCAAGUCGAGUUUUUAUUUUCCAUAGGAACACCAAUAAAAUAAUCGUACUUGGAAUCAUUAAAGUUCAAUUAACUAUUUGAAUAAUCGAUUGAUAAUCUAUCUUCUUGACAUUCAUGACAGCUGACCAUGCAGCUGACAAUCUGACAUAAAAACAAACUUUUCUUUUCUUCAAUCCUUUUGAAAAACUUUGAAAUUACUAAAUAUCUCUGCAAACCUUUGUUUUUAUUUUGAGCUGAAGAUGGGCACCAAAUUAAAAAUGCUGAUAAAGGAUAAGGCUUAUCCGUAUCUCAAGAAUAAGAGCUCAUUUAUCGACAGUUAUUCUAACAAUAUUUAUGUUUCUUACAAACAUAAUGAAAACAAAUUUUUCGUACAAGUCUCAAACAGGCAUGGCACUGACACAAAUCUUUCAACAAACUCACAGGAAGAUUUCGAACUUGGUGUGGAUAGAGAACCGUUUAUGAAAAGCAUAUUAAGUAAUUCUUCAGAAGCAACUCAACUACAAACGAAACCAAAGCAAGUAGUCAUAGAUUUUAGCUCACCAAAUAUAGCAAAACCUUUCCAUGCUGGUCACUUGAGGUCUACUAUUAUUGGCAAUUUUAUUGCAAACAUCAACAAGUAUUUCAAUAACACGGUUACAAAAAUCAACUUUCUAGGUGACUGGGGCACCCAAUUUGGUAUUCUUCAAUAUGGUCUACAGUCAAAGAAUAUUGAUUUGGAAACACUCAAAAAUGAUCCAAUAAAACAUCUAUAUCAAGUUUAUGUGUAUGCUAAUAAACUAUCAUCAACUGAUGAGAAUGUAAGAAAACAAGCUAGAAAAUAUUUUUGUGACAUAGAACAGGGGAAAAUGAAUUUAGAAGACUGGAAAAAGAUUCGGGAAGUCACUAUUCGAGAAUUGGAGAAAGUGUAUCAAAGAUUAGGCAUACAGUUUGAUGAUUAUCAUUGGGAGUCUGACUACAAUGGUAAAGCUAUACAGAAGUUGAUGGAAUCACUUGAGAACUUAGAUGUUAUUAGAACUGAUGCUACAGGAAAGAAAGUUGCUACAGUAAAAGAUAAGGAUGUUACUGUAAUGAAAAGUGACAAUACCACCCUUUAUCUAUCUCGAGACGUCGCUGCCCUUCUAGACAGAUACCAAAGGUAUAAAUUUGACAAGAUGUUAUAUGUGGUGGACAAUGCACAAACAGAUCAUUUUGCAGCAGUUUUUGAGAUAGUCAAGAAAAUCAAUGAGGCUUGUGUGAAUGGUUGUGAACACAUUAAGUUCGGUAGGAUUAAAGGAAUGAGCACACGAACAGGGAAUGUUGUAUUUUUAAAUGAUAUAUUAGAUGAAGCAAAGAAAAAAAUGUCAGAGAAGCAACAACAAUCUAAAAAUACACGCAGUUCAGCUUUAAAUGAAGAGACCUGUGACAUCCUGGGGACCACAGCUGUGAUAAUAAAUGACUUGAAACAAAGAAGACAAAAGGAUUACAAAUUUGACUGGGACAGAGCACUGCAGAGUGAAGGAGACAGCGGGAUUAAGAUACAGUAUUUGCACUGCAGAUUGUGGAGCUUAGAAAAGAAUUGUGGAGUGACUCUACCUGAAAUUUGUGAACCUAAAUAUCUCACUGAAGAAGUUGUAGGGGAUGUAGUAGCAGAAUUAGCUAAAUUCGAUGAUGUAAUGAUCAGGUCAUACUUAGAAAAUGAAGCAUGUAUCAUAGUAAAUUAUCUAUUUCGUCUUGCAAGGCAUGUGAACAGAAUGUUCAACGAGUUGAGAGUAAAAAAUGUUGACUCUGAAGUUGCAUCGCAACGUUUGCUGGUCUAUCAUUCAUGUCGAUUAGUAGUAAAAACUGGACUUGAAGUCUUGGGUGUCAGACCUUUGUAUGAAAUGUAAUUAGAAUUAAGUAAUAAAUGUUAGUGAAUA